CAGUAGAGAAGCCACUGCGGGACGGUGCGUUUGAGUUUGCAUCUGAGGUGUCGUUGAUUUUGUUUUCUUUCCCCAGCGUCCAGUUCCACGACCGCGCAAAGUAAUGCACAACAUAUGACGCUGUGCACGUCUGCAGCGAAAUUCCUUGCUGGGAAUCGCGCCGUAAACUGCGCAGGCGCCUGUCCUUAGCACUCAGUCAGGCUGUGACGUCACUAUAUGUAGGCUGGUCGCGGUCCACCGCCGCCACGUUUCACGCACGCCUCGUGCUGGUGAGUAACAGUGCUCAGCCUCCAACAUGGUGGUGAUGCUCAAGCUACCCAAGGUCAGGUGCGACCUGAGGAGGGGCUGCAUUAUCAUAGGAGCCCUGUGGCUGGUAUUCUCUGUGCUGGUUAUUGUUGGAGCACUGCUGGCGGUGAGAAAGCUCGAGCAGAUCGAGGUCGAGGAGUACCAACACUACACUGGCACUAUUACCCCAGAACUGCGGGCAAAUAUCGACUUCGCGCUAGCAGGCUACAGAGCCUUCUUCUAUGUGGCCACCACCAUAGCUGCUAUGGACACCGUCUGUUCCACUUCGCUCAUCCUGGGGGUCUGCUGGAACCGGCCUCACCUGGUGCUGCCAUGGGUUAUGCAGCAGCUGGGGGUGCUGCCCAUCAGGGACUUGCUCGGGCUGGCAUUUGCAGUCCUCUGCUACAUGACUGGCCACCUGCCGACGGCCACCGUUACUAUCAUCAUGCUGGUGGUGCUUACAGGUACGACACUUUACUUCAUCCUGGUGGUGUAUGGCCUAUACAGGUACCUGAGAGGUAAGCAGGUGCCUACUUACCCCAUCCGAGUUAGAUGAUGAAACGAACAUCUCUACAGCUGCCAUAUCGUCGGCGCAGUAGCGAGAUAUUGCUACGAAUGUUUCCUGCUUCUUGGACCAUACAACCACAUACUGGGAUGCUACACCCCGACGAUAACUGAGCUCCACAAUGAUGUCUUCUGUUCGAAAGCGCGGGCAACACACAUGCUGCUUAAGGAGGAGUACAGGAGGUCAUCUCAAACUGUAUUAAGUCUGCAUUGACAAAUUAGUAUUUUAAUCCUAUGUGUUUUAUCAAUUAGAUUCUAACGUUAUCUUGGUGUACACCGUGACAUGCAUUAGAAGAAUACUUACGUGCCAGACUGGUAUUUGGGCAUUCAGUCACACAAUCAUACAGCAUCGAUGCAAAUCCGAAAGAAGAGGCUCCAUACCUACAUAGGAUAUGCACUGCAUGCCAUGUUUCAGUGCAGAUGUACAAUAAUGUCCAAUAUCUCGCAGGAAUACAUUAGGGCUGUGAACGAAGAGGAAUAAUGAAUGGACGGGUGACGCUUCUCUGUAGUGUGUGGGAUAUGGAGAUUUGGGUUGGAUUGAAGAUGGUAAUGGAAGCAAUUAAGGCGACCGAUCACGUACAGCAGUAUAUCUGGAUCCGAAUUCCAGUCUAACAUAAAUUUUCAUCUAUCUCCAUUGAGCAGUUUCAGUGCCCCACAGCAGUAAAAAGUCGGGAAUUUCUUUCAUGAAUUAUACAAAGACACUUUGUUUAUAGCCCGAGUCAACAGGCCCCACUGUGCUGAUGUAAGCACGGUUAUGAAUGAAGUUACAUAUAGAUUAAAAAAUACUAGUUUCCUUGUUCAGUAGAUUGACAUCAUUUUUGGUCAUCAUAGAGAUUUUACACUUGACAAACACUACUGAUGUAGAUGUACACAGUGUGUAACUAAUCUUAUGUUUCUAUUCUAGUAUGGACGAAGUAUUCUUGCGUUAUCAACAUAUUAGUCUAUCACAUUAUUGCACCUGGGAAUUAGUGGUCUAGCGGUUCUAGGCGCUCAGUCCGGAACCGCGCGACUGCUACGGUCGCAGGUUCGAAUCCUGCCUCGGGCGUGGAUGUGUGUGAUGUCCUUAGGUUAGUUAAAGUAGUUCUAAGUUCUAGGUCACUGAUGCCCACAGAUGUUAAGUCCCGUAGUGCUCAGAGCCAUUUGAACCAUUUUUGAACCUGGGAAUUGAGGCACUUCAGUCAGCUUGUCUUGGGUUUUAGAGUGUUAUUUCAUUAGGACGUAGUUAACCACUUGGUAAUAUAUGCACAGCUGUCUUGAAAUCAUUCACAAUGCAAUACAUUUCCUUUAGUCACCACAAUAUUUUUUUACUGUAACGGUAGCUCGUGUUUCCAAUAAUGGCCACGGAAGGCCAAGUGCAAUAAUAUGUUGGUCGGGUAGUAGUGUGUAUCAUCUGUCACUGAUAAUGGCCUGUAUGCUCAAAUACCGCUCUGGGAAGUAAAUGCUUUCAAAAUGUAGCUCUUGAAGUACAACUAAGUGUCCGUUACUAAAUACAUACAAGCGGCUAGGCAAGAUCUUUACAAUGUAAAUUUAGUGUACGCUAUCUCUAUGGGUUUGUAAUGAGCUUAUAUUUCAAAAGCUGCAGACUUAACAAUUUGGUACUCAAUAUGUAUUUGAAAUACUAACUGCAAUUAGCAAAUACACAUUUGAGUGUUUAUAUAAGUUUAUGGAUUUGAGAUACAAUCAAGACUUGAAGCAGUGUGGAUUUAAUUGGAUAAGGUCAUGUUACAUCAAUAAAUGAAAUGAUAUUCCAUGAUCUUAAACUAAAACAAUACAUGAAAGAUAAUUACGAGUUUUCAAUGGGUGAUAACUUCAACAGAUUUUUUUCGCUAACCUUUAACAGUGGUAAAUAUUCACAAAUUGUGCUAACAGCUUUAAUAAAGACAUGUUUCAAUAUUAUCUGCCUGCAGAGUAUGUCCUGCCUCUAAUUUUACUGUGCAGUAGAAAACAGGAUUAUUUAAAGGUAAUUGAGUUCACAUCUGAUAUUCUAUGUCAUCUUCACGUACCAAAGUAUGGCACAAAAUGGAAUGAUGGUGAGUUCGAACGCAUCUCCUAAUAAACAUACUGUUUGUGGCAGUGAUAGUCAAAACCAUUAAUUUUUUUGUUGCAGUUAUAUGUAAUUGUGCUGCAUAAUAAACCACUUUCAAAAUGCA